AUGUGGUUUUCUUAAACAUGAAACAUGUUCGUUGGUGUUUUAAUGUGUGGAUGAGGAAGUUUGUGUAAGUGAAUGGGAAGGGAGGUUCAGAAAGUGGUGAUUUUAUGCAUCUGUCUUACCACUGACUCCACAAGCCAUAAAGGCAAUUUGUCAUAAAAAUAUAUACACAGACCUGUAAGACUUUUUGAAGCUCUAAUAGCUGUCAAGAAACUGGAAUAUUUGGACUUCAGCACUGGAAGAAUGUUAUUUUGUGGGUAUUUGCUCACAGCUUUGAUCAUCCUCACGCCACAUUUUAGUGCUGCUGAAUACACUGCUCCACCGGCUCCUACACUGACACAGACAGCCAUCAGAACCUCAUCUGUGAAGUUGUUGUGUCAGGCUCCUGAAGGUUAUGGUGGACUUGUUUUUAAACUUUUCAAAAUGCGUGAGCUGAUAGAUAAGGUUGAGCAUUCAACCGAACAGCAAAGGGCUGUGUUUAUUCUUAGGGGAAAAGAUACAGAAAAAGAUGAUCAGUAUUGCUGUCAGUAUGACAACAGCAUGAUCAGUUUCUAUAUGCAGCCAGAGCAGAAAGUCGGUUCCCCUCCAUCCCCUCAGCUGGUGGUCGAGCCCUCUAGUGGGAAUGUUAGUCCUGGUGACACACUGUCAUUCCACUGUCAGGCUCCAGCAGACCAUCAGAAACGUUCUCCUGAGGCUUUUCUCUUGCUCCGGAGAGCCAAAGGAACCCCAAGCUCCAUGGUUGCUCCAGCCCAGUUGGUGUCUCAGUCCCAUGAUGCUCACUUCAGUGUGAAGACAAAGGGACGGGAGGACGGUGGAGACUAUGUCUGCCUCUACCAGCUCAAAUCACAGAAGACGGGACAGGUGAACUCCACAGCCAGUCAGCCGGUACACAUUACUGUGAUAGAACUCCCAGUCCCCACUCUGUCCUUGUCCCGACACAAGGGUGAAGUUCUGGAGUGUGUUGGGUCACCCUCAUAUCCGCAAGGCUACUUCAGUUUAUUUCGUGUCGGUGUCCUGUCACCUGAGGCGACCCAUCAGGCUUCCCUGAUUCAGUACAGUGCUAGAUUUCCCAUACCCAUCCGUUAUGAACGUGGUGCACAGUAUCAGUGUCAGUACAGCGUGUCAUUGGGCAACACCAAGGCGUACUCUAAAAUGAGCUCACCAGUAACUAUCCCAUGCAUUACAGGAUAUCAUGUAUGCACAUCGAGCUCUACAGGCAACACAGACCUGGCUCUGAUUGUUGGCUCUGUGUCUGCGGCUGUUCUGUUUCUCACCGUGGUGGUAAUCCUGGGCUUUGCCAUACACAGACAUUUCAAAAACAUGUCAGAGAGAAGGAGACAAAGAGAUCAAGAAAAAUUCUGGCAACAUGUGCACUCCAGAGAUCAUAUUGUUGAUCUCACUCUGCAGCGUGUUGACAUUGGAACUGAGGAAAAUGGACAAAUGCUUAGAGGAAGAGCCUCAUUUUCAGAGCCCAUCUACGAUUAUCCCAUGGCAACCUUUAAGAACGCCUCAGUUUACUGAUGUCUGUCUGUCUGUCUGUCUGUCUGUCUGUCUGUCUGUCUGUCUGUCUGUCUGUCUGUCUGUCUGUCUGUCUGUCUAUCUAUCUAUCUAUCUAUCUAUCUAUCUAUCUAUCUAUCUAUCUAUCAAAGGACCGGAUGCUACAUUUUGUGUUUGACAUAUUCUGUAAAUUGUGAUGUUUAUUUAAAAGCUGUAACUUUUUUUGUUAUAUUUGUAAAGUAAUGAAUGAGUAAACAAUCUACUGUAGUUUAUAGUUCUUUUCACUAAGAUAUGCAUUUUUCUGUCAGCUGGGGGCUCUGAGCAUCUAGAUAUAAUGAAAGAUUGACAUUUCAGUGAAGCACUGGCAGUUUUGAGUGCUGGGCAUUAAAUAUUUGCAAAUCGUUUAUAGAUUUAAUCACCUUAAGAUGAAAUGUGAAAGCUUUCAUUUGCGGUUUCAUUUUUAUUUUAUUUUUUCAGCAGAUGUCACUUAGUUUAAGUGGUGCUAAAAAACUUCUUUCAGUUCCCUUUUGCGUAUCGUGUCCAAUUUAAAAGGAACUUAAUUUGACAGUCAUGCCAGAGCUGCAUUAUUUGAAACUAGUUUUUUUUUUAAAGACUUUUUGUUCCCAUUUGUCUUCACAUAGCCUGAAACUAUGUGAAGUAUCAUGAUAACUUUUAAUUAUCAAAAAAUAAACCAUUUAUAGCUCUCUUACAGUCUGAGAUAAUCAAUCAUAGUGUGGCAUAUGGUUGACUGAAGUUUUCUGCUUUGUCCUCUGAAGCACCUUAAAGUAGUUCACCCAAAAAUGACCUUUCUGUCAUCAUUUCCUCACCCUCCACUUGUUCCAAACCUGUGUGAGUUUCUUUCUUCUGUUGAGCACAAAAGACGAUAUUUUGAAAAAUGUUGUAAAUGAUGACAGUAUGUUUUAUUUUUGAAUGAAUUAUCCCCUGCAUUUACACAGAAACUCUUAGAUCUGUCUGGAACAAAACAAUGCUCAGUCACCAAAAUACUUUAAAACAAAUACAGGUUAGAUAUUUUGCCAGAAACUACCAAUGCGUCACUAAUCAUAUUGUUUUGUUUUUCCUAAGAAUACAAAGAAUUAUAUUGUUUAUUGGUCUUAAAGGUCAUUUGGAUUAGGCUCAUUGAAAUCUGAAAUCAGUGGGCAGCUUUUCUCCGGUGGUAUGGAUGAGCUG